UCGUGCACUGGUGUGUGACAGUUGAAGACAGUUGAACUGGAGUCUCGUCGGUCCUCGUUGAGCGGCUUCAUUAUGAACACAGAUUAUUAUUAAACAACAGCCUGUGCAGCGCAGAGUGUCUGUUUUCAAAGAUUUUGAGAUGAAGAAGGACAUUGAUACGCUAAUAGCUGAAGAACGGGCUGAAAUCAUCAACAAAUAUGAGAAGGGCCGGCAGGAGGGUGUGCACAUUAAGCCCUGGGAGGAUGCCGACUACAGCGUCUACAGGGUCACAGACCGCUUCGGUUUCCUGCAUGAAGAGGAACUGCCAACACCCACCGCAGUGGAGGAGAAGUAUAAACUCCAGGAGGUCGAAAGAGAGGAAAAAUGGGUUAAGAUGGUGAAAAAGUGGGAAAAGUACCAAAACAGUGAAAAGAUGAUGAAGCGGGUGUACAAGGGGAUUCCCUUGAAGCUGCGCGGUCAGGCCUGGGCUCUGCUGUUGGAUGUGCAAAAUGUGAAGCAGGCAAACUUCAGGAAGUACGAGAAAAUGAAGGAACAAGCCAAGAAAUAUUCAACAGAAAUUAAGCAGAUUGACCUUGAUGUCAACAGGACCUUCAGAAACCAUAUCAUGUUCAUGGAGCGCUUUGGGGUCAAACAGCAAGCCCUGUUCCAUGUGCUGGCAGCUUAUUCGGUCUACAACACGGAGGUGAGCUACUGUCAAGGGAUGAGCCAGAUCGCUGCCAUUCUGCUCAUGUACAUGAAUGAGGAAGAUGCCUUCUGGGCCUUAUCACAACUACUGACCAAUCAGAAACAUGCCAUGCAUGGAUUCUUCAUCCCAGGAUUUCCCAAACUCCAUCGUUUUCAGCUUCAUCAUGACCAAAUACUGUCCAAACUCCUUCCCAAACUCAGGAAACACUUGGAUAAGGAACAGAUGUGCACUGGUAUCUACACAACCAAAUGGUUCCUUCAAUGUUUUAUUGACAGGACGCCCUUCACACUCACCCUGCGUCUUUGGGACAUCUACAUAUUAGAGGGAGAAAAGAUUCUAACCGCCAUGGCCUAUACUCUCCUCAAAUUGUACAAAAAGACUCUUCUGAAGAUGUCUCUGGAGGAUCUGAGGGAGUUCUUGCAGGACCGCAUUGCUUCAUCUUUCAGCAUGAGCGAUGAUGUUGUUAUUGAGCACCUACAAUCAUCAAUGUCAGAACUCCGCAGGAUGAAGCUUGACCUCCCUCCUCCAGCCAAGGGAGAAGAGUUCCCAAAGAUACCAUUGGGUGAGGAGCGUCCAAUAGUGCUGCUUCCAGUGUUCCAGACUGAGUCUGUACCCUUACCACCGGCCGCACACAACAAUCAGACCUCAAACAAGCUUCAGGCGGAAGACACCACCACCCACAACCAGGGCAGCGAUAAACACAUCCCUUCCAUGACAUCAUCUUCCCCUGUUUCAAAGGAUACCCACUCACCUUCCAACUCAUCACUGUCACAAGCUACACCUGAAGAUUCAGGGUCCACACUGAAGAAUCAAGACCAUGCACCCUUACAGAGAAAUCAGCUACUCCAACCAGAACCUACACCAUUUUCAACAGAGACUCUUGCGUUUAAGGAUGAAUGUGUCGGUAGGCCUUUAUCGGCGGUGUCUGAAGACUGGCCUCCUCCGUACCAGACACCCCUGACAGAUUGUUCCAGUAACCACUCUUUAGAUCUCCCUGAAUUACCUCCUCCACCUCUUCCCUGCAUCGAACAAGGGGUCGAGCUUUCACCUUCCGAAGAGGAUGUCCAGUUUUACCUGCUCCCACCUCCAAUCACCCAACCUUUGGAUCUCAUCUUAGAGGAUCCAUCUUCAUCACCUUCCUCGUAUAGAUCCUAUCGGCAGCUAAGCAAGUUUCCCGUCAACCUGUACGUCCCGCCGUCCUCAGGUGACCGGAGGCCUUCCAACACCUCACAUUACGACAACCUCUCGGAAGAGGAGGAUCAGUCUGUGGAGAGGCUGUUGGAGAUCGCGGCCACAUUGCCGCAAAACCCAAACUUGGGCCUCAGGAACACCACCCUUUCCUUUCCUUCAGAAGAUGCCAUGUCUCUUCCUCUACCAUCCCCUUGUAUGUUCUUCUACAGCCCUGACUCUUCGCCACUCCCUCCUCCUCCUCCAUGCAUUGAGGAGUCAAACCGUUGGGUGACUCCAGACUCCAUUUUCCCCCACCCACCUACCGGCUUUGCAGAUAGACCCUUUCUCAUAUCUUCUGCCCCAUGCAAUCAGGUGGUUGUAAACCAGACUGAACAAGAUAGGGGUCAGUCACAGCCCCCGAGACUACCACCCAAAAAAUCUCAAGCCACAAGACUCUCUCCAGUACACUCGGAUUCAGACUUCUACCGAAUGCAUGUCCCAAGUCACUAGUUGCUGGAAUCAACCCUAUCAUGCAAGUACCAUUUUUAGUGUGAACUGAAGACUUGUUUCCAUUUUGGACUUUUAUACUUCAAUGAUAUGAAGUGAAAGUUUUUUUUUUAAUCUUUUAGAGGUUGUGAUUAUUUUCUUAUGUUGCCGUACG